AUGGAAAACAGUAGUCAUCCCUCAUACUUCAACCUCACCAUGUUUGUGAACAUCGGAUCUUACCGCUACCCUGCCUUUGUGUUUUGUCUCCUGUUGUUUGCCAUGAUUGUCUCUGCUAACCUUGUCAUUAUACUGGUAAUAUCACAACAGAGGACACUACAUGAGCCCAUGUACUUUUUCAUUGUAUGUCUGUCUAUUAAUUCUCUGUAUGGUUCUGCUGGGUUUUUCCCCAGAUUCCUAAUGGACCUUCUAUCUGAUGCUCAUUUGAUCUCACGUCCAGCUUGUUACACUCAGAUUUAUGUGAUUUAUACCUAUGCGUUAUAUGAACUCACCAUCCUGAGCGUUAUGGCAUAUGAUAGGUAUAUUGCUGUAUGUCAUCCUUUGCACUAUCACAGUAAAAUGACCUCUAAAACAGUCUUUAAGUUGGCAGCUUUUGCAUGGAUCUGUCCAUCCUUUUUAAUGACAACAAUCAUGUAUUUGUCAAUCAGACUUCCUUUGUGCAGUAACAAGAUACCAAAAGUGUUCUGUGCUAACUGGAGCGUUGUAAAGUUGUCAUGUGUUAGUACUGUUAUCAACAACAUUGUUGGCUUGUUAGUAGCCACAACAACAGUGUUCCUGCCCUUAGCUUAUGUCUUGUAUACUUACUUGCGAAUUCUGCUAGUUUGUAGGAGAUGCUCAGCAGAAUUCAAGGCAAAGGUCUUCCAAACCUGUCUACCACACACUAUUUCAUUCAUGAUUUAUUCCAUUACAGGAUUUUGCGAUAUAGCUAUAAGUCGUUAUAAUCUUGAGGACCUAAAUCCAUUUGUGGUUGUAAUUUUAUCUUUGGAAUUUGUAGUGAUUCCUCCAGUUCUGAACCCUUUUGUGUAUGGCCUGAAAUUACCAGAAAUAAGACGACAUAUUUUAAAAAUGUUGCCAUGGUCUAGAACUGUCACUUAG